CACAGGCUGGAAGGAGGGGGUUUGAAUGAAAGACAAGACAAGCCCUAAACACCAUGUCACUCCGUGAGGGAGACAGCAACAACUAGGCUGGAAGGUUUUUUUUUUCUUUAUUUCUUUCUUCCUUUCUUUUUCUUUCCCUUUUUUUUUUUUCUGAAACCUAGUAAGAGGGGGGAGGAGAGAGAAAUUUGUGAGAGACACUAAGAAAGGAAUAAGGCAAGCCGGUCUGCAGGAAUUCAGCUUUCCUGGCUCCUAUCGUAGGACUUUAUGUUCUCCACAGGCUGGAUUGUACUACCAAGAAGCUGCUUCCCACAUAAGCUGGAAUAAUAAUAAAAAAAGGGAUAUAGAAAUAUAUAUUGACAUAUAUAUAUAUAAACUGGCAGAAUAAAAGAAGAAACAUUUCUUUGUGGGAUUUUUAUUUUUAUUUUUUUUAUCUUUUUUUUUAAGUGCCAAUGUUUUCACUGUCGUUUUGGAUUUAAGGCUUGGUAAAACUAAGGAAAAAGGGCAAGCAACUCCUGAAACAUCCUAGUCACUAUCAGGAAUAGUGGAAUCUGACAAAGAAGAAGGGCCUGGGGCAUUACACCCUGUCAACGAGUUUUCUGCAUCAGAUAGAAAGAUUCCAGCUACAUGGGCAAACGCUUGGAACAGCAGCCAAUGUACCCCCAGUACACGUACUACUACCCUCAUUAUCUCCAGACCAAGCAGUCUUAUGCCCCAGCUCAUCACCCCAUGGCUCCCCCCAGCCCCAGCACAAACAGUAGUAACAACAGCAGCAACAGCAGUACGGAGCAGUUGAGUAAAACAAACCUAUAUAUUAGAGGACUUCCACCGGGCACGACGGACCAAGACCUCAUUAAGCUUUGUCAACCUUAUGGAAAAAUUGUAUCAACUAAGGCAAUCCUUGACAAAAACACAAAUCAAUGCAAAGGGUAUGGAUUUGUAGAUUUUGACAGUCCUGCUGCAGCACAAAAAGCAGUAGCAUCACUGAAAGCCACAGGUGUACAAGCGCAGAUGGCAAAGCAACAAGAACAAGACCCAACAAACUUAUACAUCUCAAACUUGCCGAUUUCAAUGGAUGAACAGGAACUAGAAAACAUGUUAAAGCCAUUUGGACAUGUUAUCUCUACUAGAAUCUUAAGAGAUGCCAGCGGAGUGAGUAGAGGAGUUGGGUUUGCAAGAAUGGAGUCUACUGAAAAAUGUGAAGUGGUAAUACAGCAUUUCAAUGGAAAGUAUUUGAAAACACCUCCAGGUGUACCAGCUCCACCGGAGCCUUUACUGUGUAAAUUUGCAGAUGGAGGGCAGAAAAAGAGGCAAAAUCAGAGCAAAUACACACAAAAUGGAAGGCCGUGGCCUAGAGAUGGAGAGACUGGGUUGGCACUAACUUACGAUCCAACAGCAGCUAUACAGAAUGGAUUUUAUUCUCCCCCUUACAACAUUGCAACAAACCGAAUGAUUCCACAGACAUCCAUCACACCUUUUAUUGCUGCUUCCCCUGUAUCAACAUAUCAGGUGCAAAGUACAUCAUGGAUGCCUCACCCGCCAUAUGUUAUGCAACCAACGGGUGCUGUAAUAACACCAACGAUGGACCACACCAUGUCAAUGCAGCAAGCCAGUAUGAUGGGCCCUCUAGCCCAGCAAAUGAAUCACCUUUCCUUGGGGACAACCGGAACGUACAUGACUGCUGCGGCACCUAUGCAAGGGACCUACAUUCCCCAGUAUACUACUGUGCCUCCAACAGCUGUUCAAGUAGAAGGUGUUGUUGCUGAUACCUCUCCUCAAACAGUACCAUCUUCAUCACAUGAAGCCAGUGGGCAGCAGCAACAAAUACCUGUAGAGACAAACAAUGAACAUGCAUCUGCAUACUCCUACCAACAGACUAAACAAUAAACAGGACUGAAAAAUGUUGGUCAGAAAACCUUGCCUUGAAUGGAUACACUUCAUCUAGAAGUUGACUUCCAGUUUGCACAGGCAUCCGACAAAAGCUUUUUUUUUUCCUUUAAUUUUUCUACCUUGCUCAAAGUGUUUUUUAUGUGCCGUGCAAAAAAACAAAAAACAAAACAAAAAAAUAAAUAAAACAAAAAUACACAAAACAAGAAAAAAAAGUUCUGCUAUGUUGACAAUUUUAUUUUUGUUACUCUUUCUUAAUGAACACACAUGAUGAAAACAUACUUGGUUGUCUUUUCACCUGGAGCUUGACGAUCAUUGCAAAAAGGAGUCGUACUUUGAGGACAGUAAAAUUGGUAUCAAGGGGAAGCAUUUUUGUCAAAACCAUAACUGUCUUCCUUGAUAAUUAGAUAUCCGUUUCUUUCAUUUAUUUCAUGUUUUUUGUCCAUAGGAAAGAUUAUCUUGAAUUCUUAUUGCCUUAAUUUUAAGGACAUCAAACAAACCCAGAGCAAAAGAACAGCAUCUGGAUAAAAGAAAAGGCAUGACAUUGACCAUCUUAAUAAAGGACUUGUGUUGGCAUUUCUUAUGGGUUCCUAAGGGUAAAAUAUUAGAUGUAGAAUUUGACAUUCAAUUCAUAUCUUCAUUUGAAGAAAAAAUUUGCUGAUAAAAAAGACUAUGGUGUGUGCAAGAAUUAAAAAAAAAUUGUGUGGACUUUUAUGAACUUUCUCUUAAGUGUGAAUACAAAAUAUAGAUGGCUGUAGGUUUUUACAAAGGUGUCAAUGAACUUUGAAAAACAACUGCAUUGAGAAAAUGCAGAUUUUUUUUUCAUUUGAAUGCUGUUUUUUUUUAUUUCAUUAUUUUUAUUUCCAAAGCGUGAUCACUACUAGUAAAAGCAUUAGUGCUUUCAAUUUGCAAUCUUUUUUAAGAGCUUAAAGAGAUUUUUAGUCAGCUUUGCUUGUCUUAUUGCAGAACGUAGCUUAAUAGUGUUAACAUGUUAACAUUAUGUAGGAGUUCAUGUUUAAAAAAAAGAAAAAAAAAAAAAAAAGCAAUAGCUAGAAGAAAUUGUUGACAAUUUCUGUAGUAUUUCCUAGUUGUGAUUAAAUGCAGCCUAUGGAUGGCCAAUUUUAUACCAAAGAUGAAGUGACACCAUAACGUAGUUCUGAAGACAGUGUUUUUUUUUUUUCUUUUGGUCUCUUUUAUUUUUUGACCUAUAUGGCCGGACCAAUUUUUACUUUCUUCUUGGUUUAAACUAUGUUCCACUGGUACUUUAUGUCGUACAUACAGUAUUGUUUGUAAGAUAUGGUGAGUUGGUACAUGAAAAUUGUGCUGAAUAUUGCAGCCUAAAAAUAAGAAAACCAACUAUUAAUUAUGUAUGGCGUUCCCCAGUUUUUUUUUCUUUUUUUAUAGUAUAGCCUGAUAUUUUAUAUGGCUACCAGUCUUCCUUUUUUUCUAACUAGACUUCUUCUGAGUAUCUAAUUUUGUUAAAUGCACAUGCAACAACAGUUGAUAUUUAUGUUUUAGAUGCUGUUUAUUGUUUUUAACAUAACUCAUUGACAAUCAUGUGAUUGGUAUCAACCAAACAGUAAUUCAUUUUGGUAAAUUGAAUUGCCAGUAAAAUAUGCAUUUUGUAUCUCAAUUAGAAUGGCAAACUGUAUCAUUCAAAUGAGGCAACACCCGAAUAUUAGAUUCAAAAUGCAUAUGACAGUGUGCAGAUCAGAUUGGGCACUUACCCAUUUUCAAUAUCAGUCACUGAGUCUUCUCAAAUAUAAGUAAUGCUGUAUUAUUAGAACUAUUUUGAUUCCAGAGGUUUUUUUUUUUUUUUUUUAAUCAGGGGAGAAUUGAAGCUGAACUCCAGGCUCAAAAAAAUGUUGCAUAAUCUCUACUGAUAUUAGAAUACAGUAUUUUUUGUGUAAAUAUGCCUUCUCUUGAAAGAACUGUUGAUACACUUACAAUGUAAAAUUACCCAUUUUUACUCUAGUAAAAAGCCAGCAGAUUGUUGUAUUC